AAACUUUAAAGAAGAAGAAGAAGAAGAUAGACGAAGACGGAAGCCAAUAUAAUCCGCAGUUCAUCCACCUCGCCGCACUCACCCACGGAGAAAGCAAGGACAUGGGGCUAGUUCAGCUAGUGACAUAUUGAAGUAGCUAGCAGCACGUUAGCGUUGGUUUUCCCAUUAGUUUUAACCAGUUGGCUAACCAGCUAAACUCCGUUAGCAGUUGAUCAGAAUGGCGUUAAUCCUGUUGACGCGGUCUCGCACUCCGUUGAUGAAAACAUCUCGGUCGUUAAAGAGCGAGUUCCGCAAAGGGAAGCUUCAAGAUGGCUCCUGUUUCAGCUGUACAUCUCUCAGACUCUCCAGUCAAAGUAGAAUGGAUGGUGAUAGGCUGGUGGUCCGAGGUGGGAGCUUGGCUCCGCCCUCCUUCCUCGGCCCCUCGCUGCAUACGGCAUCAGACAGCUACAGGGUUCCAGGCCACGCCACAGACCACACCCCUUCUAUGAGGCUGUACUCUGCUGUGGUGGAAGGCUCCUCCACCACCUCCUCUCUGUACCACCUGGGUGGUGGGUACCCACAGUGGACGGGAUCCUGGCGAGGGAGGGGGAACGUGGUCGGGGUACGGUGGAUCCACACCUCCAGAUGUCUCCGUGACGACUCUAAAGUAGAGAAGUCUCUCCGCUCUCUGAAGGAUAAGAACAAGAAGCUGGAGGAGGGCGGGCCGGUGUACAGUCCGACAGUAGACCACACCAUAGUCAGGAGAACUAUAGGACAACGUGUUCUGGACGAGGUUAAACACUACUACCACGGCUUCCGACUGCUGUGGAUCGACACGACCAUCGCUGGACGCAUGCUGUGGCAGGUCCUCAACGGGCACCCCCUGUCCCGACGGGAGAGGAGACAGUUCCUAAGAACUUGUGCUGAUGUCUUUCGACUCCUUCCCUUCCUGGUGUUCAUCAUUGUGCCGUUCAUGGAGUUCCUGCUUCCUGUGGCACUGAAGCUCUUCCCCAACAUGCUGCCCUCAACCUUUGAGACGCAGUCCAAGAAGGAGGAGAGGCUGAAGACAGAGCUGCGUGUGAAGCUGGAGAUGGCUAAAUUCCUCCAGGAUACUGUAGAGGAGAUCGCUCUGAGGAACAAGGCAGCCAAGGGAAACGUCACUGAGGAGUUCUCUACCUUCUUUCAGAAGAUCCGUGACUCAGGGGAGCGUCCCAGUAAUGAGCAGAUCAUCAGGUUCUCGAAGCUGUUUGAGGAUGAGUUGACUCUGGACAACCUGACUCGUCCUCAGCUGGUUGCGCUGUGUCGUCUGUUGGAGCUACAGUCUAUAGGAACCAACAACUUCC